AUGAAAGCUCUGUUCAAUUCAGACUCAAUUUUAUCUCCAAUCCCAGUCCUUAAAAUCAAACCCCAAAUUCCCCUUCAAAACCUCAAUUUCGUUCCAACCACAAAAAAUAGUGGUUUAAGGAUUAAAGCUGUUUUGUAUUCGGCCACAGUGGCUGAGGAACACGGGCUAUCCGAAACCCAUAUUUGGAACCCGGCGAUUUCAACCUCGUACCGGUACCCGAAGUUCCGGCGGCCCAACCAGACUGUUUUGGAUGCCCAAACUAAGGUCUGCACCGGGCCUACUCAGACUAAGCCUCUCAAUGAAGAACAGGCUUUUAAGGUUCUUGAUACCAUUUUGAGAUCAGCGAAGGGAGAGCUCAAAGAUGAAGAGAAAGUAUCUGAGGCGCAGCUUGGGGCAUUUUUUGCUGCGAUGACAAUUCGUGUGAAUACCUUUCCAGAGCCAACACAAUGGAGUGAAGGCGAAAGGAAAGCAAUAAAUUAUUAUUGGCCACAAUUAGUUCGAGUACUACCUCCAGAUAUUAUCUUUCUAGCUGACCCUGAAGGGUCCAUUAUGGAAAUAGGUAGUUCUAUAGGCCCUCAAUUUGUUGGAAACGACACUUCUGAUAUGAGAUUGGUGGGUGCCCUCAGGGAAGUCCUGGCUGGGGGUCAUCUUGGGUAUGAGGAGGUUCAGGGUGUUCUGAAAGACGUACUUCCACUGCGGUUAGAAGAUACUUUGUCAGCAAAUGUGAGUGCAUCACUACUUUCAGCAUUUUUGAUAGGUCAGCGCAUGAAUAGAGAAACAGAUAGAGAGCUAAAAGCUUACUGCCUUGCAUUUGAUGACGAACUUGGCCCUGUACCAGUUGCUGAUGUGAAAUCCUUGACCCACUAUGGUGAACCUUAUGAUGGCAAUACCCGCUACUUCAGGAGCACGCUUUUUGUAGCUGCAGUUAGAUCCUGUUAUGGUGAAUCUUGCUUGCUUCAUGGCGUGGAUUGGAUGCCGCCUAAGGGUGGAAUUACGGAAGAACAAAUGUUGAAGUUCAUGGGGGCAAAUACGCACUUAUCCCCACUGCAAGCUAAAAAGCUUCUUGAGGAUGAUAAGAUUGGUUUUGCAUAUAUAAGUCAACGUGAAGCUCGUCCAUCUCUAUAUUCCCUGGUUGGAUUGAGGGAACAUAUAAAGAAACGUCCACCAUUGGCAACAACAGAGAAAGUUCAGCAAUUUGUGCGGGCACACGGUAAGGAAGCAAUUGUUGCUGGAUUUUAUCACGGAGGUUAUGAGGAGUCACUUUUGAUGUUAAUGAGAAGAAGAGGUGUUCAUGCUGGUUUAGUGGUGAAGGGUGAGGAAGGGGCUCUUUCAAUGACUACAAGAUUGCGUUCACCAAAUGCAUCAAAGGGAUUGCCUGUUAAUUACUGUUCAGGUUUCCGUUCACCGAAGGUGACGCCUGCUUAUGCAAUAGACGGAGUAUCGCGUGAGACUUUCAAUAUUGAAGUGAAUGCCAAGGAUUAUGGCUUUGAACCAACUGACACUCCAAGAACCGAUAGAUCUGUAACGAGGAAUAUAGAGUUGGGAUUAGCAGCUCUGCGUGGUGAGAAGGGUCCCACAUAUGAUCGUAUCGUUUUAAAUGCUGGAAUGGUCGAUCAUUUGCUAGGAUGUGAUGGUGCAGAAGAUAUCUCCAUGGCCAUGGAAAGAGCCAGAGAGGCCAUUGAUAGCGGCAGGGCUCUUGAUAGGCUUUUAAAUUACAUAAAGACAUCUAAAAAAGUGGCCUAA